GCGUUCACUCGCUGCCAGUGGCGCAGUUAAUACGUAGUGAUUAGUUUUUCUCCGCUUCUUAUUUUCCUUCAGCUUAGUUAUUUUUUAUCGGCAGCUCACGUAUCCUGGUAUUGUUACUUGUAUUAUCAACCUUCUCUGUUGUUGUCCUGGUCGGUUUUUACUCUUUUAAGAAGAUGUUUCUGUCGAGGCUCUGGAUUCUGAUCUCUCUCGCGAUUGGAGCCGCCUCAGUCACCUAUGAGAAACUGGGGGGUGAAGCUCUCCUAAAACCAGGCACAGUGUCUGGUACCAUCACCAGCAUCACCUGGAAACACGGCCCAGACAUUGCUGUGGAGUGGUAUGGAAAGGAAACAUUCAUGUACCGGGAGUUCAAAGAUCGGUGUAAGCUUGAUUUUAACACUGGAGCGCUGACCCUCUCAAACCUGACUGUAAAGGACAGCGGCAUCUACACAGCAGAGAUCAACAACAAAGUCAUGAGCCCGACUGAAAUCACAGUUAUCUCUGCUGUCCCCAAACCAGCGGUCUCCACACAGUGCAACUCUGAGGAGACCAGGUGCACUUUCACCUGUGAAGCCAACGUCACAGUUGCUGAACCAGUCACCUAUUCGUGGAUGGUCGAUGACGAGAAGAUAGACGAGUCAAGCAGAAGUCUUGAAAAAGAAAAGGAUGAUCCAGAGAUGGUUGGAAAACUAAUCAGCUGUCAGCUGGAAAACCCAGUCAGCAGUGAACGCAGUGAUGAUGUCAUCCCAUUCACAAACAGUAUUUGGUCGGGUGUGAUCAUAGGAGUGAUUGUAGGGAUCGUGAUUGUGAUUGUGAUUAUUGUGGUAGUUGUGUUACUCAUCAGGUGCUGGUGCAGAUGUGGAAGCAAAACUUUAAAUGAAGUGGAAUAUAAGGAGCAGAAUUCCCCACAAACCAGAAAUGGAGUACAACAAAGUAGUUCAGAGAUCAUAAAUGAAACAGCCCAAGAAACAGUAGAGCUCAGAGCUCUCAGCAAUGAACCAGAAAUGGCACAAAGUUCAGACUCCCCACAUGAAUCCGGACCAGCCCAAACACCUGCAGAGCUCAGAGCUCUCAGCAAUGAACCAGAGAAGGAGAGUUUGCUUCCUAAAGACACCAAUGGAACUGAAAUGGCACAAAGUUCAGACUCCCCACAUGAAUCCGGACCAGCCCAAACACCUGAAGAGCUCAGAGCUCCUGGCAAUGAACCAGACACGUCUGAAGAAGGGACACCUGGACUGGAGGAACAUCCAGAGGACUAAAGCUGAGGACCAGAGGAUCGUCCCCUUUGACAGUGACUUUUGCACAAAAAUGACUUAUGAGAUAAUUACAAAGUGCACACUGUUCGAGAAGGGAACACAAACGUUACUGCAUACUUGAAAUUUACUGUGUCACUAAACAAACUUUCUAUUCCUUUCUAUUUCUUUCUAUGAUAUUUUGGACCAUAAGUUAUGAGUUUAGGUGUUUCUUAGCUCAGGUCUUGUUGAGCGGACAUUAUGAUGCUCACGCUUAUGUUUGCACAAGUGUCUGUCUUUGAGUCAGGAAUCCAGCAGUACUGGCAUUUGAAUGUUUCCUGCUGGACUUUUAGCACAUCUCAUUAAUGGCAGCUGACUUCUUCGCUAUGCAACAACUUUUUUACCCUCAUGGAGCACUUAAGAUGUGGCUGUAUCACAGGGGGUAGAGCAGAUCAUCUACUAGCUGGAAGUUGGUAGUUUCAUCCCUGCCUGCUCCAGUCUGCAAGUCUAAUUCUUAUUGGGCAAGACAAUGAAGCUUGCUGUGCUAUCCAAUGUGUUCAGAGUGAGUGUGCGUGAAUGUUAGACAGAAAGCAUUUGGGUAGAAAUAAGUGGUAUGAAUGAGACAUGUUUAAAACCCUUUGAGUGCUCAUGUAGAGUAGAAGAGCCCUGUUUACCAUAGUAACUUGGGACAGGUUUAGUUUUAAUUGUAAUUGGACUCAUGAAAGAAGCCUGAACACGGGGGAUACAUGUAAGAAGAGGUUAGCAGCAGUGUGACCUCCAGAAGCAUCUGUGAUGUUUCGAAACUUGAAGUGAAAAUGGGAGUUAAAGAUUUGAGGAGACAAACUAAAAGCAGUGUUAGUGAGUGACAGAUGAAGGAGUUGGGUACAUUACAACAGGGGUGUUAAGCUCUUUGUACUGUAGUUCACAUACAGUUCUGCUUAGAGUGAGCAGAUCCCAAAAUCAAUUUUGGUCAUUUCUCCUCUUUUUGUUUUGAAUAAAUUAUGAUAAACACUGUAGUUUUGACAGAACACAGAGUAUAUGCUUCAUUUUCUCAGAGAUAGUAUCAUGUUAAAAAAAGUUAAACUGUAUGACUUCGAAACCACUGUCUCGAGAUGUGGGACGGAGGAGAAAGAAUAAAGAUGUGAUGCAGUCCCAGUUAAGGAGGGACAUCUGGUACCACUACUUUAGCAGGUUUCACUGCAUUAUAAGGUUUUUCCUUCUUCAAGUAUGAAGAAGUAUGUUCUGCAAGACGUUCACCUGAGCCAGAGCUAAGAUAUUAGAAAACCUAAAACUGUACAUUUGAGUGAAAAAUACAUCAAAGUUCGAAUGCAUUUCCCUCCUCUGUACAGUAGGCUGCCUCUUUCAUCAGCCUGGCAUUAACAUACUGAGAAAUGUGACUAAUUAUUGUCUUGUCUGCAGCGUUCACACUUUAGAAAACCUUCAAGUGAGCUGAUUCUUGUCCUGGCCUGUUGUGGCUUGUUUGACACCCCUGCAGUAGAGGGUUAGCAAAACACAGCCUGAAAUGUCCUUUCAUUUCUAUUAUGAGAUAUAGGAAAUUAAAAAAAAAAAAAUCCUUAGCUUUAUUUUUGUUAUUUCAGUAUUGUACCAAAAAGGGAUUUUAGUGUCUGGUGCUACACUGAAGGCGACUGUUAGUGGUGCAAAAUGCUUCAUCGCACUGAUGCUACCUGGAAUGCACUGUUAAACUAUGCUUUAAUUUCAGUGUCACCCACAGACCAACUGUGACUGUUUGAACUCAUUAAUAAUACAAAAAGCUGCCUGUAAAUUUUUCAUACACUAGAGAUACUGUGCCGAUGUCUCCACGCUCAAUCUUCCAGAAAGACUUACAGAUGAUUAAUGUAAAAUGUCAAAAAUCUGACCCAUGAUACGUUUUUAAUAAUUUAUAUUACGUAUUUAUGAAUGUUACGCUGCUUCGGAUUUACAUGGGUUACACGGAUGGAGGGACACCACACACACAGCUGUUCCAUCCAUCCAUCUUUUCUCUUCAACUUAUCCAGUUCAGGGUUGUGUGUGUGUGUGUGUGUGUGUGUGUGUGUGUGUGUGUGUGUGUGUGUGUGUGUGUGUGUGUGUGUGUCUAAUAAUGGAUAGUUUGCUUUAAUAAAAAUCUUUAGCUUAGAUAAUCAUAUGAAUUUGUAUCAUGUGUUUAAAAAAGCCUGUGGUUGCACAUUGAUGGUUUUAAAGAAUGUGGUUAUCUGUGUACAUAUGUUUAUACUGUUUAUAUGUGAUUUCUAUUUAUUAUUUACAUUGCUGCAACUUUAGAUGUAAUGAAAUAUGGUGUUAGCAUUACUGCAAACACUAAAGUGCCUCUUUCUGUUUGACACCUUUUAUCUGUAUGCAUCCUUUUAAUUUGAGCUUUUUAAACCCCAAACAUCAACUUUACACAUUGCUCUAAUGUCCAACACAUUUACUGCCGUGAGAGAGCAAUCUGGCCUCAGGUGCAGUGCAAAUGGUGUGUGACAAGUGAUCAAUUUUAUUUUAACUUGUCAAAACAAUAAAUUUCUUAUGUCAAAGUAAGAGAUUGAACUUGUGUUUCAAUGAAGUGAUUUACUCUGCAUUUUCAUGCCAUACAAACAUGUUGGGAAAUUGUUCUUACGACUCUGAUAUUUUCCUGUGUUUUAAAGUGCAUCCCACCCAGCACAUCAGCUGUUACCCUCAGGAAAGCAGUAGCAGACAAUAAAAGCCUGUGUGGAAAACA